AUGGACCUCGAGCUUCAACAGCGCGCCGUGGAGUACACUGCAGUCUUCAACAAACACGCGGAACCCUUCCGUGCCGGUGUCUUCGCCUGCAUGCCAGUCUUUGAGCCUUCGAGUACCUUCCUCACUGAAGGCGCAGCCGAUGUAGCAGAGGCCACUGAAGGCGUCACCAAUGGCGAAGAGGGACAGAAAGCCUCUUACGGAUCUGCUCGACUUGCUGGUCGGCAAUCCGACCUACGCGGUUGCUUCACAGCCGGCCGUUCCAUUCGCUUCUCCUACCUCGGCUACUGUCCCGGACUCUUCAGGUCAGUCCUCCCCUCCCUUCAACUCAGCCUUGCAUUUAUAUCAGCUUACUACCUACUUAUAUUCCCCCUUCCAUAUUCGUCCUGCUUUUCGAAUUAG